AUGGCGGCCUUGCCAGCAGGUGUUCAGUAUGGGUUAUCAUCUGAGUCUAGUUAUAAAGAAAACAAGGAACUAGUGUUUGUGAAACUUACGGAUUCAGCAUUAAAAGCUAUAGAAGAUUUCAUUAGGAAUAAUAGGGACAAAUUGGCAAAACCUAAAAUACAGUUCCUACCCGGAAAUGAAGGGAAAAUAUCAAUUCCGGCCCCAACAAAUGGCUCAUCGAGUGAGUCCACAUUUCACUUUAGCAUCAACAGUAAUGCAGAAAUGGAAGGUCCACAGGGUUCGUUCGAGUGCGUGCGCAGCGGGGGCGCGCGGCGGCUUGAGUCCUGCGGGCCGCUGCCGAGGCGAAUGCGCGUCCAGGCCAACGACGACUCGUACGAGGCUACCAAGGACCGCAUGGCGCGCACCGUCGCCGCCGAACAGAGUAAAUGCACCCGCGUUAUAAAACCUAAUCAGACGGACAUAGGAAGGCGGGUUAAAAUGCGCCUCUCGCAUCCCAUGUACUCGGGUGGGUCGGCGGCGGCGCAACUAGCGGAAAGGGCCGAGCGGGCCGAGAAAGAGCGGCUCGAACGUGCCGAGAUGGACCGAGCGGAGAGAGCCGAGAGAGAGCGAGUCGAGCGGGCCGAAAGGGAACGCGUCGAAAGGGCCGAGAGGGAACGGGUCGAAAGGGCCGAAAGGGAACGGGUCGAAAGGGCCGAGCGGGAACGGGUGGAGAGAGCCGAGAGGGAGCGAGUUGAGAGGGCUGAGCGAGAGCGAAUAGAGAGGGCCGAGCGAGAGCGAGUGGAGCGGCCGGAGCGGACGGAGAGGGCGGAGCGCGGCGAGCGGGCGGCGCCGCGCGGUGCGCCCCCACCGCAGCCGCGCCCGCCGCCCGCCGCCGACGUCUCGCGCCGCUCCAUCAAUGAAAGACUUAUACAAUUAUUAGCACUGAAACCCUUUAAGAAGCCCGAACUAUAUGCCAGACUCAAUAGUGAGGGCAUCAAAGAGAAGGAUCGUGGCGAAGUUAAUAAAAUCCUUCCCAAGAUCGGCUCCCUCAAGGACAACUGCUAUCACCUGCGUAGGCACAUAUGGAAUGAUGUCAACGAGGACUGGCCUUUUUACACGGAGGAGGAGAAACGGAUGCUCAAGAGGCGGAAACCUCAAAACCUUACCCCGCCUCUGAGUAGCGACUCUGCGAACUCGCUGUCGCCGCGAGCGUCCCCCGGGGGCAGCAGCGGCAAGCGCGCGCCCUCCGGCGGCGAGGACGCGCCCGCGGCGAAGAAGAAGCGCAUCUCGCACUACCGCCGCCCCUCGCCGCCCUCCUCCGGCUACGCCACCACCUCGUCGGGCGAGCGCCACGCCUCCGACAACGAGGACGACCGGACCAACGGUACUGUCACACUGUCUCCUGCACCACAGACUGCCCUCUGCCGUACUUCAGCAGUUAAAAAGGACAAUGGUUACACGCUAAACUUUAACACUGUCAAGGAGCUCUGUCCCAGUCCUGUUAAAGCAAACGGUUUUAGAAGUAGUCCUCCAACGGAGCAAACCAGUAUAACAGAAAAAGACAUCACAAAUAAUGAACAAUUAGAAAAUACAGAUUUAACAUCCGCGCCUGAUGAAAGCAUGAAUGAUUUGGUAGAUAUUGAAAGACAGUAUCCGGCUAUCACGAGCUCGAGCGUGCGGCGCGCGUACAAGCAGGAGUUCUCGGAGCUGUACACGGAGUACCGGGAGCUGUACGCGCGCGUGGCGCAGGUGGCCGCGCUGUUCACGCAGCUCGAGCAGCAGCUGCGCCGCGCCGAGCCCGCCUCGCCGCAGCGCCGGACGAUAGAGCAGCGUAUCGUGGAGGAAUACCAACGCGUCCGCAACAAUGUGGCGUAUCAGCGCGAAAGGCGGCGUGUCAACUAUCUGCACCGCAAGCUCAACCAUAUCAAGCGGAUGGUACAGCAAUACGACCAACUGCGUAACCUAAAGCCAGAGAGGGUGUCCGCGGCAAGUACCACGCAGGCGUACUGA